GAAUAUUCGAGAAGGCAGUUGGACGGAUUUUCAGUCGAACUUAACUGAACUAAACCAUGAAUUGCGUUCGAUUGAAAUCGAUCAUUUAAGGUUUGAUUGCUAACUUAGGGGAUUUGGUAGGAAAUUUGAUUUUAUAUACAGUGGUACGGUAAAAGAUCUCUUCCUUGCAGAUUAUUUCUUAAAAUCAACGCUAACACCGACAAGAGAAAAUGCUGGGUGCACUUACUGUUAGAACUGCGUGCCUAGAGACCUUGAAUGAUAAAAGAGAAGGAAACUGGGAUGAUGAAGUGACUAAUCUUCUGGAUAGCAACUAUGAGGACUGGAGGGGCCCAAAAGGGACUUACAUGGUCCCCCGUGAAUUCUCGUACCGAACACGUGAACUAGAUGCUGGAGAACAAACAGAGAUGGAGUUUUUUUACCUAUUGCAAAAUUUUGGAGAGAGUCGUUCAGAACCAAUGUUUGUGAUUCACUCCUACAAAUUCGCGGAGAUGAUUUCUGAAUGGAAUAAGGGAUCUAACAAGAAGGAAAAGAAAUGGUUGAAUGGAGAGCACGAUUUCGUCGUUAUUCAUCGCCAAUGUGGAAUUAUAUUUUUCCAGGUGAAGGCAGCUGCAAAAAAAGGGAAAUACUAUCCUAAAGCACAGGAACAAAUAGAGAAAGAUAAAAAGGCUCUACAGGCAUUUAUUGAUGAAAAUCUUUCAGGCAAGAACAAAAAAGCCAUGGAUUCUGAGAUAUACCGAUAUCCAGGGUUUGUCGUUAUGCCAAACUGUCCUUGUCCAAAUGGUUCAGUUGUAAAACCUGCCAUCGGUGUCUUUCAGGAGGACUGUGAAAAUGUGGAUGCAUUUUCUGUGUGGUGGAAUACCAAGGUUGCUGGAGUUGGGAGGGACACUCCUUUUGAUCAAACAUUGUUUGAGCACCUGGUCAUGCACUUUGUUGGAAUGUCACAUAGCCUUCCUUGCACCCUAAACAAGUUAAUUGAUGGAAACAAAAAGGUGAUGGAGAUGUGUACAGAAAACCAGUUGUCAACAUAUCUCAAUUCAGUGUCAGAGCAAUGGAUAACAGGCCCAGCUGGAAGUGGAAAGACGUGGCUACUUAUGAAAAAAGUAGUAAUGCUUGCUAAGGAUGCACUUAAUCGAGAGACAAAAGAAAAGAUACUAGUGGUGUGUUACAACAGACCUUUGUCCGUGAUGUUUUCCAAAACAUUUGAAGAUGAGUUGAUUAAUAUUCCGCAAGAUGGUACCUUUAAUUUACCAGAAGUUGUGUCAAUCAAGACUUUUGAGUCACUUCUCCAUGAAAUUACUGGGUCAAAAUCAGGUAACUCUGAUCAAGAGAAGGCAGAACAUGUUGCCAUAGCCUUGGAACUGUUAGAGAAGAGCACUGGGUGUGCUCAACGGUACGAUCAUAUAUUUGUUGAUGAAUGCCAAGAUCUUUGUGGCGACGAAUGGCCAACUCUUUUUAAGAGGUUGCACAAGGAUGAUGAUGAUGAUGAACCCAAAUACAUCUGGUUCUUGUAUGAUACUAAUCAGCAUUUGAGACUUUCUGAAAUGCAGUACCAGCAGCACUUGAAAUCAAUUAAUAAGAAAGGCACCAGGCUCACUAAAGUUUAUAGAAGCACUAGAAGCGUCUUUGAACAAUCAAAGAAGUAUUUCAAGGUCAACAAUUCAAAUGCAAAACCUAUCACGCUAGGGCACCAUGUGCAUGGAUUGAAAAUUAAGUGGGAAGGCUCGCUAAAAUGCAGAGAUGUCACACAUGAUGCUGGUGCCAGGAGCAUUAAGAAGAAUAUAGAAAACCUUCGCAUAAACAAAGUAGACGACAAGGACAUCUGCAUUCUAACGCAAGAUGUUGGCAUUCGAGAUGGUAUCACAUCAGAGCUUGAGAAAAUGGGAAUUGAGACCCAAAAUGCAGAAGACCUGUUUCAAGCAGUUUCACAAGGAAACAAAGUGGUGGUUGAAAGCAUCAGGCGCUUCAAGGGUUUAGAAUCAAAAGUGGUUAUUCUUUACAACCCACCAUUUUAUCAAAACGAAGACUGGACAGUGAAGAAGGUAAAGGAACUUUUAUACACAGCAGUGUCCAGAUGUUUUUGUUACCUCAUUGUUAUCACAACUGAACGUGGUUGCAUAGCACUACAAUCCGAGGAGGGGAUAGUUGAACAGAAGAACAUACAUGGUAAAUGGAAGGCAUCAUCUCAGAGUUCAAUGGAAUUGGAAUCUGAGGACAGAUUCAACAACCCCUUUUCAAGAAGAGGCAUGGAAACCCAAUAUGAAAGUGGCCCUCCAGAGCCAGAGUCCCCUUCCAAACGAUGUAUUGAAGAUGAUGAUGCUGACAAUGAUCCAGAUGAAAUCAAGCGCUCACCAGCUAAACUCUUGCGAAUGGAGGAGGCCGAACAUAUUUACAAAAAGAGCUUAAAAUCCAAGGAGAAACGUCAAAUAAAGGUCUCUGGUUGUGAUCUUCUGGAGCCUGGAGAUCCUUAUAUAAAGGACUCCAUACGGAACAAUGUAUUAAAGACACUUAAUGGAACGGUCAAACAGAAUUUGAAAUACCAGCCCAGCAGCAGUGGUAUGGAUGAGUCAUUGAAAAAUGAUGUAACAUCUGCUGUUGCAAGAAUUGAAUACAAAGUUUAUGACCAAAGAAGAGGAGAAAUCAACAGCAGAAAAUACACUCAAGAUUGCAGAGACCUGAAACAAGAAAUUGAAAAGUUCAACAACAAUCAAACUUGCCACAAGAGUGUAUUGGAAGCAAUACAAGAGUCCCAAGCUACAAAAGAUUCUUGAAAGUGGUCUAUGGGUUAAUUUUUCCUAUGAAAUGGAUGCACCUGUUGCAAAGGGGGAUGCAAACUGUACGUCUUGGCUUUUGAGAGACUCUCAUCUUUGUAUUUGUGGUUCUGUAAAAAUUCAGACUGACUGACUAUUUUUGUCAAAUAAUUUAGUAGGUAUCAUAUACAAAUUGAGUUUGCAUCAGUUUUGUACGAGAUACAUGAAAGGAUUUGAUAGUGGCACUCAACUAGUUUCAGCCAUUACAAGAGUAGUGCCAAAUUUGUUAUUGUCACAGAGACCUGGGGCCCAUUUCUCGAAAGUCCCGGUAACUUAAUGGGCCUGAAGCUAUGUUUGAAAAUCAAAAUUUAAAGGACAGGAAAGGAGAUUCUGGCACCCAAACCAGUCCUUAUUGUUUCUUUCGCUGAUAGUUUUAUCAUAUCAUUUUCAAAACUUUUGAAAUUCCCAUCUUGAAUGAAAACAGGACAGCUUUAUGGCCCAUUAAGUUAUGGGACUUUCAAGAAACAGGUCCCUGGUUGGCAUUGCAUACUGCCAAAAAAAUUUAUAAGUGUGGCUAUGGUACUCGUAGAUGUAGUUUGGAAAUGCUAAAGUCAUGUGGAGAGCACUCCUGCCUUCCUAAAGAUGAGUUAUUUAAAACUGGAUAGCCUGAUCAUGUGUUCUCAAAGAAAUGCAUUAACUUUUUGAUAUUCUAUUUUCUUUUUCUAUCCCUUUCUAUCCCUCUCUAAUUUGAUUAGAAUUGUAGGUUAUUAAAAUAAUUUAAUAUUGUUAAACUAUUUACAUUACUAAAUUAAAAUAGGAAUGUACUAAUUACUAAAUUAAAAUAGGACACGAUUUUUAGUUCAAUAAAUUAAUAUUAAUAAUAUUUUUUUCAGUAUUUACUUUAAAACAUUAGUUACUUUGGAUGCAAGUAGCAUUACCAGUAUGUGCAUGACAUAAAUGACUACAAUGGGACACAAAAUGGAAAAUACUUCAUUUGUAUUCUUUGUAUUGCCUGCUUGACUUAGUAUUAAACAUUGUGAAGCAAAUUUA